GAAUGGAAGAUGGAAGUGGCGUUUUAUCCCACAGAUUUCAGUAGGUCUUCUUGAAACUUAACUAUGCCAGCCCUUUCCUCAGAGAACACUCCUCAGUACCAGCUACAUGCACCAAAUCGACCCCUAGAUGUUGACUGUAUGCUGUUCUUGAUCAUACUUGGGAAAAUACUAUUAAAUAUCCUCACGCUAGGAAUGAGAAGAAAAACCACCAACCAAAAUUUUAUGGACUAUUUUUGCAUUUCACUAGCACUCAUCGAUCUUUUUCUUUUAGUAAACAUUUCCAUUAUAUCCUACUUCAGGGAUUUUAUAAUUUUAGGCAUUAGGUUUACUAGAUACCACAUCUGCUUGUUGACUCAGCUUGCUUCCCUCAUUUAUGGCUUUUUGCAUUAUCCAGUUUUCCUAAUAGCAUAUAUAGAUUAUUGCUUGAGUUUCUCUAAGAUCGCCAAACUAUCAUCCAAGUGUCAAAGGUUAUUUUAUUUGUCUGUAGUAAGUUUAAUUUGGAUUUCAGUCCUGGCUUACAUUCUGGGAGAUCCAACUAUCUACCAAAGCCUGGAGGCACAUGGAGUCUCUUACCAGUGUCCGUCCUAUGUCAGCUCUCAGAGUUACUGGCUCUCUGUGUCUAUGAUGAUGGUUUUAGCUGGGGCAUUUAUAACCUCUUGGUCAGAAGUCCUGACCUUGAUUCAGGCUGUGAGAAUAACUUCCUAUAUGAACGAGACCAUCCUGUAUUUCCCCUUUUCCCCACACUGUAGCUACACUGGGAACGCUAAAAAGACCCUUGCAUCCAAGCUCACUGUCUGCUUCCUUGGAACCUGGUUGCCAUUUGUGCUACUUCAGGCGGUCAUGCUCUUCCUCAGUGUGCAAAUGCCCGCGUACAUUGAGAUGAACAUCCCUUGGCUGUACUUUGUCAAUAGUUUUCUCAUUGCUAUAGUUUGUUGGUUUAAUUGUCAUAAAGUUUAUUUAAAAGAUUCUGUAUUUCCUGUGGAUCCCUUUGUCAACUGGAAAUGCUGCUUCAUCCCACUUAUGAUUCAUCAUCUUGAACAAACUGAAAAGCCUAUAUCAGUAAUAAUUUGUUAGUGUUGCCAUGUUAAAACUAAUACAAAUCCUAGUUUACAAACUGGAAAGAAUGACUGCUCAGGCCAGAACCCAAUGGAAGCUUAUUCCCUAACUUUUCCAUUUCUUCAGCACAUGCCUUUGGGGCUUUAUUAUUUACUGAGUAGUCUUGAAAUUUUUAUGCUUCUUCAGGAACACUGCAUAAAUA